GUCAACAGAGAAAUGUCUGCCGUUCGCGUGGAGGAGAGGCUCGCUGAGAUGGAUAAAGAGGAGAAAAUUUGCUCUAACAGUGGAGGCAGUGAGGGAUCGCUGGACAGACUGCUUCCCUCUGUCGGCAUGGGCCUUUCUCCCAGGAAGAGGACCACCAGUCAGUGUAAAUCGGAGCCUCCGCUGCUGCGCACCUCCAAACGAACCAUCUACACAGCUGGUCGCCCACCGUGGUACAACGAGCAUGGGACACAGUCCAAAGAGGCCUUUGUCAUUGGUCUUUGUGGAGGCAGCGCGUCAGGAAAGACGACAGUCGCCAGAAAAAUCAUCGAAGCUUUAGAUGUUCCCUGGGUUGUUUUACUCUCAAUGGACUCCUUUUAUAAGGUCCUGUCCCCUGAAGAGCAGCUGCUGGCAGCCAGCAAUGAUUAUAACUUUGACCAUCCAGACGCCUUCGACUUUGAUUUGCUGACGCACACCCUGCGCAAACUCAAACAGGGCAAGAGUGUGAAAAUCCCAGUCUAUGAUUUUGCCACUCAUGGGAGACAGAAGGAGUGGAAAACAGUUUAUGGAGCCAGUGUCAUCAUCUUUGAGGGAAUCAUGUCCUUUGCAGAUAAAGCUCUGCUGCAGCUGCUCGACAUGAAGAUCUUUGUGGAAACCGACUCUGACAUCCGCUUGGUCCGUCGGCUGAGGAGGGACAUCAUGGAAAGAGGCCGAGAUAUCGAGGGCGUCAUCAAACAGUACAACAAGUUUGUAAAGCCCGCUUUUGAGCAGUACAUAGAGCCCACCAUGCGCCUGGCUGAUCUGGUGGUGCCACGAGGUGGUGGCAACAUGGUGGCCAUUGACCUGAUUGUGCAGCAUGUUCACAGUCAGCUAGAGGAGAGGAAACUUCGCUGGGAUAUGGCAGCCCUGGCUUCUGCACACCAGGCCCAACCCCUCCCCCAGACCCUCAGCGUUCUGGAGAGCACACCUCAAGUCAGGGGCAUGCACACCAUCAUCAGAAACAAAGAAACCAGCCGUGAUGAGUUCAUCUUCUACUCUAAGAGGCUGAUGCGCCUGUUGAUUGAGCGUGCGCUCUCCUUCCUCCCCUCACAGGUCCAUGUAGUGCAGACCCCCCAGGGAGAGGACUAUGAAGGCAGGAGUUUCCAUGGAAAGAGGAUAACUGGGGUUUCAAUCUUGCGUGCCGGAGAAACCAUGGAACCCGCACUGAGGGCCGUCUGCAAAGACGUCCGCAUCGGAAAGAUCCUCAUCCAGACCAACCAGGACACAGGAGAACCAGAGCUCCAUUACCUCCGUCUACCCAAAGACAUCAGCGAGGACCAUGUGAUACUGAUGGACUGCACUGUGUCCACUGGGGCUGCCGCCAUGAUGGCUGUUCGAGUUCUGCUGGACCAUGAUGUCCAGGAGGACAAAAUCCUGUUGGUUUCUUUGCUAAUGGCGGAAAUGGGAGUCCAUUCAGUGGCCUACGCGUUCCCACAGGUUCAAAUCAUCACCACAGCCGUGGAUAAGAAGGUCAAUGAUGUUUUCCACAUCAUUCCUGGCAUCGGGAACUUUGGAGAUCGAUACUUUGGAACAGACGCACCACCUGACUGGAGCGACGAGGACAUGGAUGAACCCAGUUACUGACGGCAGCGCAGGGUUUUAGGGACUGUGGCCUUUUUAUUGGCAAACUAAAGAAUCGCUCUGCGUCUCUCUUUCUGUUUGGGUCCUUCAAGGAUCAAACAGGAAAAAAUUUAAAAAUAAGUCCAAGAAAAUAAGAGAUUGCAAAUUUACACCCUAAACUGUAUAUUAUUGCUUUUAAAAUCACAUUGGAACAUUUUUGAGGAACGGAACUGUUAUGAAUUCAAAGUAUUUUUAUUUAUAAAACUUUAUUAUAAAGUUUAAAUGUUGUAUUUAUACGCCUACAUUGCGACAAUCUUACAAAGAUGUAUAUUUAGCCUUAAGUCAUGUACUGUGGACGACAGCUGAAUGUGAACUUGCACGUGUUAUGGAGGGAAAAAAAAGAAGAAAUUUCAACUAUUUGGGUUUAUUUUUAUUCUUCCUUGGAAUAUUCAGAGUAAAACCUUAACAUCAACUAUUCUCGCUCAGCUACCAUCGCUGUGAGGCCUUUUCUGAAGGAUCAUUCAAUCGGAAAAUGUGUGGGUGUUAGUCUUUUAUUUUUUCACAGUCACGUUCAACCUUUUCCUUCACCCUGAAUACUGACCUAACCAGCCUAAAAAGAUGUUGAAAUAUUGAUGUUCAUUAUACAGCUUUAAGCAUGUCUUUAUAUAUAUGAAUAUAUAUUAAUGCUUUAUGUCGGCCAUUUUUGUUGGCUAUUUUUACAGAUAAAGCAGCACAGGACAGUUGUGCAUCUUUUUGUUGCUGUGAAAAUGGGUCAUUCACAUAAAGCAAACUGAAUAGGUGUUUGUUUCAUUCUCAUGUGUGGUUUUAAACCAGUGGGCGGGAUUGGUCAUUUGAAAAUAGCGCUCUAAUUUUAUCAAGGUUUCCAGAUCGUGCCUGAUCUUCUGAUAAGGGAGCAAUUUUAAAUACAAAUGAUAUAUCAGCUUCUCGGAGUUGCUGCCUUGUCUUUAGUUUAACAUCAACUCAUUUACCAUAUGUGGGGUUAUACAAUAAUAAUAAACCACUAUGUUUAAUUACAUGUUAGAUUGAUAUCAAAUUGUUAAAAAAACACACAUAUAAAUAAUUGCUCUACUUUUCCAUGUUACUCUACAGUAAACAGUUUUUGCAUACUGAAAGCAUAUGAUUGUAAUUGCUUGCCAUUUAAUGGUCUUUGAACAUUUUACUUUUCAUUUUUACCACCACUGUCAUUGUAUUGAUUUUUUUAUGCCAGAUCCAAAUGUGUUAUUUGUUUACUUAAAAGGAAAACGAUACAUUGUUUUUAAAUUAUUU